AUGUCGGUCGCAAACAAGCGACUACUUCACAAAAUAUUAUACUUUAUUGAUAGGCCAAGUCAUCGACGCAAUAUCACAGCGUCAUUAUUACCUAAAAUCGAAGGAUAUCCGAGAAGUUCUCGUUCUAUCUCAACUUCUCAGAAAUCUUCGUUUCUUCAACCUGAGAAGUUAUUCUUCAUAUCUAUGAGAAAGCUUCGCGCAUAUUCAUCCGAACUCAACAUGAUUAUCACUUUCGACUUGGCGAGACCAAACCAAAGACUAUCUGCCGAAAAUUAA